AUGUCGGACAUUAUCCCCGGGCCGAAGGGUCUGCCCCUGAUCGGGAACAGUCUGGACAUGUGGCAAGACCGUGACAUGCCACUCCGUGGGCUUGAACGUCUUGCCGACUUGUAUGGUCCGAUCUAUCAGGCGGUCCUUGGCGGCAGACGUGUUCUGGUAUGUAGCUCGGCGAACUUAAUGCACGAGCUCACAGACGAAAAACGCUUCGCGAAAAUCCCGCCUCCAACAGUUGCAAGUGGACCACGCCCGAAAGGACUGUUCCUCGCCAGGAACGAAGAUCCUGACUGGGCGCAAGGUCACCGUAUCUUGAUGCCUGUCUUUGCGCCGCUCGCCGUGCAGGACAUGUUUCACGAGAUGAAGGACAUCGCCAAUCAAUUAGUUCUGUCUUGGGCUCGGAAAGGCUCUGACCACCGCAUCCUCGCCACAGAAGACUACACCAAGCUUACGCUUGACACAAUUGCGCUCUGUACCAUGGGCUAUCGCUUCAACUCAUUCUAUACGGAAAGUCAGCACCCCUUCAUCGAAGCCAUGAACUUCAUCUUCACCGAGAACACGGCCAGGACUACUAGGCCAGGCGUCGUGACAAAGCUGAUGUAUCGCACCAACGCUCAGUACGAUCACUCACAAAGUGUCUUACGUGAGGUCGGACAGAAGAUUAUCGACGAUAGGCGCGCGAAUCCAGUUGACAAGAAGGACGUUCUCAACACUAUGAUAUACGGCAAGGACCCUAAAACAGGCCUGGUCAUGAGGGACGAGCUCAUCAUGGAGCAAAUGCUCACAUUUCUGAUCGCUGGACAUGAGACGACCUCAGGGCUGUUGUCGUUCACUACAAUGUAUUUGUUGAAACAUCCUGCAACCUACCUCAAGGCUCAGAAGGAGAUCGAUGAAGUUCUGGGCACUCGGAGCAUCGAAGCCAGCGAUAUAAGUAAGCUCAAGUACCUGACAGCGGUCUUGAGAGAGGCUGCUCGUCUGCAGCCGACUGUUCCUGUGCUGCAGAAGGAGGUUGCUCCGGAGUUAGCUUCUGGACCAGUCCUUCUAGACAGUGGAAGAUAUCAAGUCCUCCCAGAGGAUCGCAUCAUCCUUUUAAUGAGCAAGUCUCAGCGCGAUCCUACAGUUUGGGGUGAGGAUGCCAAUGACUUCAACCCUGAUCGCAUGCUGGACGAGAAUUUUGACCGCAUCAGCGCCGAGUAUCCAUCUGCAUGGAAGCCCUUCGGGAAUGGUAAGAGAGCAUGCAUUGGACGUGCCUUCGCAUGGCAAGAAUCUUUACUGGUCCUUGCCAUGCUUUUGCAGAACUUUGACAUCAAAUUGGACGAUCCCAACUAUAAUCUUGUAGUCAAGCAAGCUCUCACGGUCAAGCCUGACAACUUCUACAUUCGUGUCACUCCUCGGACGCACCUCCACCACACGUCCUCGUCGAGGUGUCCCGCAAGUCGACUAUAA